GCUUACACCGGGGAAAGUUGUUUCCUGAGGCUGACACUGAACUGAUAAUUUGUGCACUAAAGGACACACCUGGAGCUUUUAUAAAACAUGGAUCUGAUUUUACGUUUCUGGAACUUUCGAUAGACGUUUCUGCGGUCGGAGGGCGUUUUAGCUGGACUGUGACAGCCUUAAGAGAAGAUGAGUGAAGACUCAGAGACGAGUCUCCAGGCCCAGCUAGCCGAGUGCCGAGCUCAGGUGGAGCACUGGCAGGGUGUGGCGACGAUCUGUGAGCUGAGCAAACAGGAGGAACUGGCAGAGCUGCAAAAACAAUGUGAUCAAGAGAUCCAGUCCCUCCAGGAGGCUCUCCGAGAAACCGCCGCUCAGUAUGAAGCUCGGAUUUCUGUCCUUCAGUCUCAGCCGGUGGAGUGGAGGAGAGCGAGCGGACACAUCAUGAUGAGUGGAAGAAAGAGCAGAGUGGACAUAGACGCCAUCAGCAAUGACUCUCAGACAUCAAACAGCCUGAUGGAGGCCGAGGCGCCGUCUUCAGACAGGAAGCAGAACCAGCAGGCUGAACUGGAGGCAACGGACGGAGAAGCAGCACCGCUGACGUCAGACGGUUAUUUUUCACUGAGGAACUGCGACUCGGCGUCUCUGUCGUCCUUCUCCAUGGACACGCCCUCUCUGCCCAGAAAACCGCACGCUCAGGACGACACCGACUCACUGGUCUCCACGGGAACUCUGGUACCUGAGGCGAUUUACCUGCCUCCGCCCGGACACCGCCUGGUCACACAUGGGGACUGGGACGCUAUUAACGCCCAGGUGUCAGAGCUGAGAGAGGAGGUGAGCCGUCUGCAGGCGGAGAAAGAAGAGCUGGAGAAAGAGCUGGACACUCAGACUAACCACACGCACAAACAGGUAUCGAUGCUUCAGUCUCAGGUUCAGUCCUCUGAGGCUCUCCUGCAGGAUCUGCAGAAAUCUUUCAGCCAAUCACAGAGCGCCAUGCAGAGUCGGCUGGCCGAGCUGUCCCUGUCCCAGAGGAGGAUGUGCAGCGAUCUGUCCAGGCUGAAGGGAGAGGAGGUGGAGGAGGAAGGAGCCGACAGCAGCUCAGCGUUAACCGCAUCACUGCAGGGGGCGCACUGUGAAGAACGUCUCCGCAUCGAGAUCGUCCAGCUUAGGGAGGAACUGGACACCCGGGCCGAGGAGAACGAAGUCUUAGAAGUCCAGUUAUCCAGUCUGAAGACGGAGACCGAGAGGAUCCAGACUCAGAAGGACCAGCUGCAGGCUGAGCUGCUCUCCUGUCACACUGAGCUGGACGCCCUGCGGGUGGCGCUGUCUCACGUUCAGGGAACUAACAAAUCUCUGAGCAAUGACAAGGCGUCUCUGCAGCAGCAGGUUCUGGAGCUGCGCAGUCAGGUGAUCAGUCUACGCUCGCAAGUCGACACGAGUCAGACGGUCCAGAGAGACUUCGUCCAGCUGUCACAGUCGCUACAGGUGAAGCUGGAGUUGGUGCGUCAGGCUGAGAGUCUCGAUCAGGUCAGAGAAAUCCUGGAAGAAGGAGUCAGUGAAGCCGGGUCAACGCCCGCAGACGCCUCGUGAGUUUGACGGAGAGUCGAACAUUUGAACCAAAGAGCAGAGACAGAAACCAGUAACUUAAACUGGGACCAAUAAAGAGAACAUUAGCGGAUGCCACAGGUGUGGAGGAGCAGGUAACACUGGACAGACAACACAUGAAGAAACAGGAAGUUUAGGUUUGGUGUCAGAAUAAAUCUGCUCCUCAGAGACCAAAGGGGAUUCUAAUGAACUGAAAUUAAAGUUUCACUCCUUUACUAACAUCCAGAAACAUGAAGAUUCUGAACUAACACACGUCCAUACAUGCUGUCUUUUAUAAAACUGACUCCACUACAGGAAACACUCCACAGUCCAAGACUUCAACUCAUCAGACAACAGCGUUUUAUAUGCAAGCUUUCUGUUUUAGAGCAGAAAGCCUCUUCAAAAUGUUUUCCAGUGCAAUAAUGAAAAAUGAAGAGACAUGUUCCUACUCUAACUUCAUUCCUGAAACAGUUUGAUAACCUAAAUUUGUCUUUUUACAUUCCCAUCACUGUUGUUACUACAGACGUCACAGCUUUUAGACUUUAACAUAAUUUAUGAUUUAACGUUCAGAAAAAAUCUGUGAAAAUGUGAAAGUGUAACACUGUUUUCUGUUAAAACAUUUAAAAAGUAAAACUUUUCUUCAUCCGA